CUUCUUCAAAAAACCAAUUCAACUCUCAAUCUGACCAUCAACUAUUUCCCAAUCGAAGCACUCCAGCAGAAAACAAAACUCUCUCAAAAACCUCAAACCCAACAAUCAAAACGAAAAAAAAAUAACAACAAUUUAAAACCCUUUACCAAGAAAUCAAAAACAUCCGAUCAAGAUGGAAACACUAAAUCAUCCAAGAUUUCUUAUAUGGUUAUCGAAUUUAAUAGGUUGGAUUUAUACACUUGCUUGGUGUAUAAGUUUUUAUCCUCAAGUGAUUUUAAAUUAUAGAAAGAAAUCGGUUAGAGGUUUAUCGAUCGAUUUCUUAAUCCUAAACACAAUAGGUUUCUUAUUUUAUUCAAUUUCAAAUGGAUCAUUAUUAUACUCUAAUCUAAUUCGAAACGAAUAUUCAAAAAGACAUGAACAAAAAGUUCCGAAUGUAAGAUUUAAUGAUUUGAUCUUUAGUUUACAUGCUCUUCUUUUAAGUCUAAUCACUUGCUUUCAAAGUCAAAUUUAUAAACGUGACUCAAACCAAACCGUAUCACUACCCACCCGUUACCUGCUCAUAAUCCUAACCGUCUUACUCCCAAUCCUGACCCUUCUCUGUAUUCAAACCGAAACAUCUUCACAUCCAAACCCAAAGUUUUUGUUUUUGAAAAACGGAUUUGAAUUUUUAGAUUUGGUGAUGGUUUUGUCUACUUUUAAAGUAUGGAUUUCGUUUGUGAAAUAUGUGCCACAGGUUUGGUUGAAUUAUAAACGGAAAAGUACUGUGGGUUGGAGUAUUUUGAAUAUCUUGUUGGAUUUUUUGGGUGGUACAUUGAGUUUAGCUCAAAUGAUCCUGGAUGCUUUUCUUCAAGAUGAUUGGUCAAGUUUAAAAUCAAAUCCUGGUAAAUUAGGCAUCGCUUUAUUAUCAAUAGGCUUUGAUAUAAUUUUUAUCUUACAACAUUAUGUACUCUAUAAAACUUCAAAUUAUGAAAUUCUUGAAAAUCAUCUUCAUCAUCAACAACAACAUCAUCAACAUCAUGAAGAAGAAGAAGAAAAUCAUAGGAUAAGAAAUCAAGAUGAAUCAAAUCAAUUAAUUGUUUAA